AUGUCCGACCACGAGUUUGGAGGCAACGAUGAUUUAUCCCUCCCUAAAGCAACCGUCCAGAAGAUUGUUGGCGAGAUUCUGCCGGCACACGGGGGCGUAGCCUUCGCCAAGGAGGCGCGAGACCUCCUCAUAGAAUGCUGCGUCGAGUUCAUCACCCUCAUUUCCUCUGAGGCCAAUGAAAUAUCGGAAAAGGAGGCCAAGAAGACGAUUGCCUGCGACCACAUCACAAAGGCCCUGGAGCAGCUGGGCUUCUCCGACUACGUCCCCGCCGUGCUCGAGGCCGCGGCCGAGCACAAGGAAGUGCAAAAGGGACGCGAGAAGAAGUCGGACAAGUUCGCUAAUAGCGGCAUGUCGAUGGAGGAGCUCGCCCGUCUGCAAGAGGAACAAUUUGCACAGGCACGGCAACGGCACACGUAG